UUGUGGCACAGCUGGCCCACCUUUAGGAUUUAUGCUUUCUAACAUUUUCAGUAUUUUUCACAAAUUUCCAGAGAUGCAUAAAACAUUCAUAUGACCCUUUAAUCAUUGAAUUUGAGCACCAAAGUCGUGAUGAGGUAAAUGACGAGACACACACGCAAGACGAACGUUUAAAGCGGGUCCACGUGGCAUGCUGCGCCCUGCACGGCCACAGGGGGCGCCUCCUCUCUCAGCGCAGUGGAUUGUGGGUCGGUGGAGGCAGCAGCAUCAGCGGGGCAUCUUCAUCAUCAUUGCGGGCCGGACUGGGACGUGAGCUCGGAGCUGUUUGUCCGCAUUGAAGUGCCUUAUCGUCGGAGCCGGAGAUGGGACACGGAGACCUCAUGAGCCAGGCGGAGGAUGUAGCGGACCAGUUCCUGCGUGUGACCAAACACUACCUCCCCCACGUGGCCCGCCUCUGCCUGGUCAGCACCUUCCUGGAGGACGGCAUCAGGAUGUGGCGCCAGUGGAGCGAGCAGAGCGAGUACAUCGACUCCACCUGGAACUGUGGAUUCUUCCUCGCCAACCUCUUUGUCCUCAUCAACCUGCUGGGACAGCUGGGCUGCUGCGUGUUGAUCCUCAGCAGGAACUUUGUUCAGUACGCCUGCGGCACUCUGUUCGGCAUCAUCGCUCUGCAGAUGGUGGCCUACAGCAUCCUGUGGGACCUCAAGUUUCUCAUGAGGAACCUGGCGCUGGUUGGAGGCCUCCUCCUCCUCCUGGCGGAGUGCAGGGGGGAGGCGCGCAGCGUGUUUGCAGGAGUUCCUUCUCUCGGACAUCAGAGUUCUCCGAAGCACCUCCUGCAGCUCGGAGGUCGGGUGUUCCUCGUCCUGAUGUUCAUGACGCUGCUGCACUUUGACCUCAGCCUGCUCAGCGUGAGUCUCAGCACGCGUCAGACGCUCGAGACAAAAUUCCUGCAGAACGUGGUGGGGACGGCCCUCAUGGUCCUGGUGGUGGUGGGCUUUAAGACGAAGCUGGCCGCUCUCACUCUGGUGGCCUGGCUGCUCUGCAUCAACUUCACCUUCAACGCCUUCUGGAGCAUCCCCUCCUACAAGCCCAUGCACGACUUCCUCAAGUACGACUUCUUCCAGACCAUGUCUGUGAUCGGGGGCCUGCUGCUGGUGGUGGCCCUGGGGCCAGGGGGGGUCUCCAUGGACGAGAAGAAAAAGGAGUGGUGAGGAGGAGCCGCACCUCUGCCUCUUCUAUUUAUUUUCCUUUUUUUUACACUCAGAGCGACCAAUCAGAGCUCAUCUUUGUGUCACGUGAUGUUUUGUUGUAUGAAGGCUGCUGUCAUGAUGUUUUUCAGGUUUCAGCUUCAGAGAUGGAUCUCCAAGCACAUUUUAUUAAAAAUGAUUUUUUUAAAUCAAUAACUACAGGAAACGAGGGACUUAAGACUUUUACUCUCUUAAAAACAGGAAGAGCCAUUUUUAUAUCCUCUUUAAUGUCGUGCUUUUCUGAUUCUUGACUGUUCAAUAACGACCAAACAUUUCAUACAGAAGUGCAUUUCAUUCCCAAAGUUUAAAAUUCUGGGACUUUUCCUGCAAUAAUUAAUUGCCACUGUAUCAAACUAUUUUAAUUUUUAGGAAAUCUUUAACAUUUGAUGGUUUCAGCCUGUUUGAUGGGAAGGUGUGGAGAAAAACAUGUCACCUAAUUAUUUUUAAAUUUUUGUAUUUUGUAGAUAAACAAUUAAUAAUCAUGUGCUGAAUAAAUGUUUGACUCAAAGGAGCUUUAAAGGACCAAAAUAUUUUCAUUAUUAAUCAGUCUGCUCAGGAGUUUCUCUAUUAAUCUGUGAUUGAAAUGAGAAAAAUGGAGGCAAAAUUAUUUUUUUAAUGCUUGCAGCUCUGAGGUGGGUCAGAGGUGAUAAAGCUACCUGAGCAGGUGAGCAGAUUGACAGGAAAUCGAUCACACUGAUCAGCUCGAAUACUGAAAAUCAUCAGGAGGCUGUAAUGACUGAAUGUGUCCUGCAGGAGGAGCAGUUUCCUCAUUUAUGUUCAAGCUGAAACAAAAACCUACUUUUAUUUUGUCUGUUGGGUUUAUUGUGUGUGUGUGUGUGUGUGUUUUUUUUUUUUUUUUUUUAAUUGAUUCAAUUUUCUGUGAACAGCACGAGUCUGUCUGUCUUCGGUCUCUGAGUGUUUAUAAAAUUGUGACAGAGAACUAAUUUUCUAUUGUGUUUUUGUAGGAGAUGUUUAAUAAAUGGUGCAGCAUUAAGAAGA